UUCUUGAUUCCUUGUUGCUGUCAAUGGAUCAGUCGUCCUCCUCGUCCUUCGUCGCCGCCGGCCUCAAGCGCAAGAACGCCGGCCUCGGCUGCGCCAGGGAGCUGCCCUCGGAGGCGGUGGGGCUGGGCUACGGGGCGAACGACGGCGGAGACGGGGAGCGCCGGGUCGUGGUCGGCGAGAUGGACUUCUUCGAGACGGAGAUGAGGAAAGAGAAGCGGGACAGGAAGGAUGCCACGCACGCCGCCGCCGCCGGCGACGACCUCGGCAUCGGCAACAAAGGGGCCGACCUCACCAUCGACAUGGGGCUGCACGUCGGGGGCCGGAGGAGGAACAGCGGCAGCGAGGAGUCCACCGUCGACGACGGCGUCUCCUCCAACGACGACGACCACAGGGAGGCCAAGGCCGAGCUAGCGGCCGCAAAAUCGGAGCUGACGCGGGUGAACGAGGAGAACAAACGGCUCAAGACGAUGCUCGCCAACGCCAACACCAAGUGCAGCUCCCUCCACAUGCAGAUCGCGCUCAUGCAGCAGCAGCAGCAACAGCAGAGGAGCAGCCAUGGCCACGCCCACGCCCACCAGUUCGAACCGGAGAAGAGGGAGCAGCAGCUCCUCCUCGACGCGGGGAGCCACAACCCCCUCGUGCCGAGGCAGUUCAUGAGCCUCGGCUCCUCCUCGUCGCCCGACGAGCCCCGCCCCGCGCGCGGCACCGAUGCGUCGCCGAGCACCAACCCCCUCCUCGCCGUCGGCCCCGACGGGGCCAUGGACUGCGCCGGAUGCCAUGGCAUCGUCGGCGCGGGCAAGGCGGAGCUCAUGCCGCUGCCGUCGUUCGAGCACCACGGUCACCACGAGAGGGGCGGCAGCCCGGAGGCCAUGCAGGGCUGGCUGCCUAGCAAGGUGCCCAAGUUCCUCCCCGCCGCCAAGGGCCCCGAGCCUCCCCCGCCUGAGGCCGCUGCCGCCGCCGCCACCAUGCGCAAGGCCCGCGUCUCCGUGCGCGCCCGCUCCGAAGCCGCCAUGAUCAGCGACGGGUGCCAGUGGCGCAAGUACGGGCAGAAGAUGGCCAAGGGCAACCCGUGCCCGCGCGCCUACUACCGGUGCACCAUGGCCGCCGGCUGCCCGGUGCGGAAGCAGGUGCAGCGCUGCGCCGAGGACCGGACCGUGCUCAUCACCACGUACGAGGGCAACCACAACCACCCGCUGCCGCCGGCGGCCAUGGCGAUGGCGUCCACCACGGCGGCCGCGGCGUCCAUGCUGCUGUCGGGCUCCAUGCCCAGCGCCGACGGGCUCAUGGCGGGCGGGUCCAACUUCCUGGCGCGCGCCGUACUGCCGUGCUCCUCCAGCGUGGCCACCAUCUCGGCGUCGGCGCCGUUCCCGACCGUCACGCUCGACCUCACGCAGACGGCGCCGGGGCAGGGCGCGUCGCCGCCGCGCGCGCCGGAGCCCGCGCAGCUCCAGGCGGCGCUGGCCGAGGCGGCGCGGCCGGUCUCUCUGCCGCAGCUGUUCGGGCAGAAGCUGUACGACCAGUCCAAGCUCUCCGCCGUGCAGGCCGUGGCCGGCACCAACGGGGACGGCGGCGCGCAGCUGGCCGACACGGUGAACGCGGCCACGGCCGUGAUCGCGUCCGACCCCAACUUCACCGCCGUGCUCGCGGCCGCGCUCACCUCCUACAUCGGCAGCAGCAGCGGCAGCGGCAGCGGCAGUGCCGGAGGUGGAGCCACGGCCGCCGGCGGGAGCAGCGGCACGGUGCAGCCGCUGGUGAGCAGCGGCGGCGACAGCUGCAGUAGAGACGACACGACCGGCUAGCUUGAUCAAGAAGAUGUUGGUCGUUUGCUCGCUUCCAAUUUAGCUUCUUUUUGCUUGCUUCAGUCAAAUUUUGAUCAGGGUUUAGUCUUGGCAUUCUCUUUUGGUUAGUUUUGCACACAGCCGAUCUCCCCUCCGGCCGCCGCCCCGCCGGAAUUGGAGGAGAUGAGAAUUUUUUUGCUUGGGCAUCUGCUCCUUUUAUUAGUUCAUUUGUGUAGGUGUAGCAGCAGCGGCAGCAGCAGCUUUGGAGUAACAAAUUUUUGUGGUAGAUUGAUGAGAAUACAUGAGGUGGCUUUAGUUCAGACCUUCAAAUCAAGAUGCUAUUCAAUCAAGAUAAACUGU